GCUGCUAGCAAAGCUAGAUAGUCUCAAAGUACGUUUGUUUAUAACGGCUAUAGCGAAACGCGAAGGCAGUCUCGCGGCAGUCGCCAUUUUCCUUCCGUAACGAGAGCUUGUGCCGAAAUGUCAUAUUUCUCGCGAAAAGCGCGGGAAAGCGGAAUUAUUUUCUAUGGUGUUCUGUGGUGUGUGAAUAAAAAGUGAAAACAAUAAACAAAAAUUGGUGAAAAGUAUAAACUGGAAAAGGUGGUGGUCACGAAAUGAAUUUGAUUUCAGAAGCCAGCUUCGUGACAAGCUUGGAAGAGGCGCCGUGUCGCAUCGACCAAUGCACACAGACCCCACCUAGCGGGAAGGCGAGGCCCCGCACCCUGCAAAGGUACCACACCUCAGACCAUCUCUACGAGAGGGCCCAUCGGACGAGACACAAGCACGAGUUCAGACCUAAGAGCUUGUUCAGCGACUCCUGCCCGUUCAUAGGGAAGCCACCGAGCUAUGAUAGUGGAUACAGUUCAAAAUUCAAAGUGACGGUGACCGACAGCCCAACGAUAUCGAUCACGCCGCCCCACAGCCUGGACUACGUGUGCGCUAAAGGAGGAGCAAGCCCCAACGGUAGCGCGACGCCAAACGGCAUGGUUCCGAGCCGGUCGCCAGCGACAGUGCUACUGAACCCAGGGUACCUGUCGCCUUGCCAGUGCAACCAGUCUAUGAAGAGCGUUAGCGAAGUCGCCCUCGCCAUGCCGGGAUCCCCUGGCUGGACCGGCGAGGAGCCCGCGAACGGCUGGCCCGGCGGACUGUCCUGGCGACGACUGCACAUGUCCCGGGCCAAGCUGAAAGCCACCGCUACCACCUCGGAGCUGCUAUCAGGCUUCGCAAUGGUAGCGAUGGUGGAGCUUCAAAUUAACGAGCCCACCAACGUCCCAGAAUGGCUUUUCGUGAUGUUCGCAGUCUGCACGACGGUGCUCGUCGCCGUCCACAUAUUCGCCCUGAUGAUAUCCACAUACUUGCUCCCACACAUCGACGCUGUGAGCAAGAUGGAGAUGCCAGGGGCCCCGGCGAGAGCUUUAAGAGAAUCGCCGCAUGAACGAAUGAGAGGGUUCAUUGAGCUCGCUUGGGCGUUUAGUACAGUAUUAGGUCUAUUCCUGUUCCUCGUGGAAAUCGCCAUAUUAUGUUGGGUGAAGUUCUGGGACUACUCAUUCGCUGCGGCUACAGCAGCUACUGUGAUAGUGAUACCAGUGCUAAUAGUGUUCGUGGCAUUCGCGAUCCACUUCUACCACUCGCUAGUAGUACAGAAGUGCGAGGCGUCGGUGCAAGACAUCGAGCAGCUGGAGACUAUGAAGAGGGAACUAGACACGGCCACUGUGAAAGUCAACAUGUUCUAGUGGCCUGGAAUCUGGAAUUAUGUGGAUUUUCUAGUUUAACCUUUAAUGUGUGGGUAAAACAUCGUGAGUUUAAACUGGGCUGUAUAGAUAAUAAAAAAUCGUUCUCGAAAAAAAUGCAAAAAGUAGACCAAAAACUCGGUCAGAUCCUUAUCAUACGGAGAACACGCAUGAAAAUCGUUUAUCACGAAAUCGUGUCACGUUACUCUCGCAAUUUUAUACGUGUCAGCUUGUCACAACGUGACAACCAAGGCGACAAGCGAUAAAGGGGCGGCCAGAAGGCCUGCCGCAAUUUGCGAACUUCGGUUUACGCGUUAGGCCCUCAGGACUGUUAAGGUUGCUAUAUUUUUUGAAAAACCUACAGAUUAAGGUGGUCAAUGGAGAGCCAGUAGGAAUUCGCCGAAUCUAGGGAUCCAUUUUAUGAAAGACUAAUAUUAAUAAUUGAGUACCUACAUAGGGUUUUGUGAACAGAUUAUAUCUAGAUCUGAUAACGUCACAAUCACUAACUCGCAUCAUCGCUGUCGAAGCGUAAAGUGUCAAAAAGACAAAGAAGCUCAAACAAAAUAAAGUUUUUGGGAGAAUCAACUUUUUAGCGUCACUUGUUGCCAUGGUUACGAUUAGUUGUCCAGGGGACAAAAGUUCAUUGAAAUACUGAUUUUAUGGUACUUAAAUGUAUUAAACUUGCGUUUUUGUGGUCGUUAUAACCAAUGUCCAUAAUGGGCCCCCUACUAAGCAUGUUAAUAGAACGGCAUACAACGUCUCUUCAAACAAACUGUGCCACUGUUGUCCCUUGGACAACGGGACAGGAUAACAAAACAAAAAAAGUUGAUUCACCCUUUUAACAUGUGAUCAUUUAAAUUCAACGAAUAUAUUUUUUUAUUUAUAAAAAGUUACAAAUCUUAUUAACUAAGUUAAGGAAAAGACAAACAAUUGUGCUGCAGGCAGCUAAAUAUGUAGAUUGAUAAUUGAUAUAACUUUUUAACCACCUAGAUUGUUUGCCACGCUAGCUGAGUAGCUUGAUCUCUUGAAAUUUUAAACUGGUAAAAUGCGCGUGAAGUAAAAAUUAUGUAGGUAGUCGGCAUCAAAAGUAGCGGAUCUUCGCUACAAAAGUAUCCACCAUUCUCUAAUUAUUAACAGAAAGUGAUAUGUAACAGGUACUUUUGAACGCGAACUGUAAACAUAUUAUACUUAUAUAUUUGGAAAAGUAUUCCGAGGUACCAGAUACUUUUGGUGCGUUAUUUCAUUCGCUACUAUGAUGCUGACUGUACCUAGUCAGCAGAAGCAGACAAGCGGACAACAUGUUCGAAAAUCGAAAUAAAUUGAAGUUUAUUUUUAAAAGAAUAAGAGCCUUAUCCGCGGAAUUAUCCACUAAUCUAUGGUUUCGUGCCGUUAAUCUUUCGUUCAUUCAUUCAUUGACAUUACGCUUACGUUUUACUAGGGUGCUAAUUUCAUAUAUUAGCCAAACGUGAUAUUAUAUAGGUUACUGUACAGUCACGUCUGAAAAUAUCGAUACGAACAAAGUCCCAAAAAUAUGUAUACACGAUCUUAUUGCCCAUUAGAGGCGAGCGCUUACGACAAUCGGCUGCCAGCGCGCAUAUUACCCGGGAAAAAAACGAUUUAUAUAUUAAUGUGUAUCUAUAUUUUCCGACGUGACCGUACCAACCUAAGGUUGCAAUCUCAUUCUGUGAUUUGCCUGUGACUGGAAUAUUUAGUUAAUCUAAAUCUUUCAUUAAUUAGGGAUUUCUACUCCAGCGUUUUUUAAACGAUUCUACUACGUCUCUGAAACAUUUCAACGUUUUCCGGGCUACUUCCAUUUAGCUUUUAUUUACAUUACUACUUAUAAUUAUCGUACAAACAACAAAGACUGUAAAAUUUGAAUCUAAAAGCUGGAGGUCUUAAGAAAUGGGCAUCUUUCGCCAUUUUACGCCAGUCAUUGAAUGACAAACUGAAAUUAAACCUUAUAUGAAUAAGCGACGGUUCAUAUUGCUUUGGUAGAAAUGCUUGACUGGUUAAGACUUCGUUUUAUAGACUAAAAGUGUUGUUUUUUAGUAAAUAAGCGUUAAAAGUGAUGUUAUUCAUAUAUUUAUCUCUUUCUGUUUCAAAUUUAAGAAAGAGACAAAAUGUAAUACAUUAUAUGACAUCAGUUUAUACGAAUAUUUAUCAUGUAAGGGCAAUAGCUCCCAUCAGGUGCUGUAUCUUUACGUCUUACGAUGUGUUAUGCAAAAGAAAAGGGUACUUACGCUAAGUCCACGCACUGGACGCACGCGGCGCGGCAAGUUGCCGCCGUUGUCGUCCAAAACAAGUUCAUUCAAGAUAGGUUGUAUUAUAUAGACAUUUUGAUCGUGCCGCUCGGAACCGGGCGGCGCGAGGGGUGCACCGCGCGCGUCCUGUUCUCGGCCUUACUGAGCUAUGAGUUAGGCCGCGAACUGGACAAAAGCUCAAUACAAUACGCUCGUCCAAUGUAUGAAUGGCCUUAAUUGCCGCUCGCCGCUUGCGUCCAGACCGCGGCCUUAUUGAUUACACAAUAAAUGAAUAUUUGUUAAAAUGAGUGAAUAUGAGAGUUGAAUGGCUAUUUCACUUCGCGAACACCGGGUACGAUGUACCGGAACCCUUUCUAAGGCCCUUUUCUUUUUUCUUACACAUUUUUUAUCAACUAUUCCGUUCAACCGUAUUGCUCCUUGUAUUGCAUAGUGUAAUACGCCUAUUAUGUAAGUAGAUAAUUUAAUAAAAUCGCAAUUCGAAGUAUUUGAAUUUUGUUUUUAAGUGUUGAUCUGUCAAUCAGUAUUCUACAGAGUUUGAUAAGAUUUAUUAAAUUAUAUUAAGCUAAUGUACUCGAAAA